AUGCUGGCCGCUAGAGCGUCGUCAACGCGCAACGUGCAGCGCCUAGCGCGCUCAUUUGCCACCGUCGUCGACACAACCGGGGUCAAGGUCGCUGCAGUUGACUACAACCAGCCCACGUCGUCCGUGACCAUCCUUGUGAAAGCUGGCAGUCGGUUCGAGCCCAAGAAGGGUGUCGCUAAUGCCCUGAAAAACUUCGCGUUUAAGAGCACCACGAAGAGGUCAACAAUCGGGACGGUCCGCGAGAGUGACCUUUAUGGCGGUGUUUUGACUUCGAGUCUUGGUCGCGAACACCUCGCUCUGACGGCCGAAUUUUUGCGAGCAGAUGCGCCAUUCUUCGUCGACGUCCUCUCCUCGUUUAUCACAUCCGCUAGGUUCACCCGCCACGAGUUUGAGGAAUACGUUACACCCCUCGUAGAAGCGGAUACCGAAGCAGUAUCGCAUGACUCCGCCACGCAAGCCAUCGAGGCGGCUCACGCUCUGGCAUUCCGCUCCGGUCUCGGUUCCUCGCUCUUCUCGCCUGCACACAGCGGCCUCACUGUCGAAGACGUCAAGGCCUUCGCCGCUACCGCCUUCAGCAAGGGCAACAUCGCCGUCCUCGGCACCGGUAUCGACCAGGGCACCCUAAGUGGACUUGUGGAGAAAGCUUUCGCCAAUGCCGCCGCGUCGAAUGAGGCAACCACCCCUACAUCGAAAUACUUCGGAGGCGAGACCCGUCUGGAGGCGAGUAGCGGCCCGCAGACUGUGUUCUUUGGCUUUGGUACUGCCGGUGCACCCGUGCCGGAAGUUGCUGCCCUUGCUGCCUACCUUUCCCCGACGCCUUCUGUGAAGUGGUCGAAGGGCCUCUCACCUCUCGCUGCCGUCCCAGAGGGUACCUCCGUUCAAACUAUCUACCUUCCCUACUCGGACGCUAGCCUUUUCGGUCUGCUCGUCCAGGGAUCGACCGCUGCCGGUGUUAAGGAGGCCAGCAAGGUUGCUGUUGCUGCUUUAAAGGCUGCUGCGAAGGGCAUCAAGGCCGAGGAACUCAAAUCUGCUGUUGCGAAGGCUAAAUUUGCGGCUGCCAGCGCUGCUGAUACUCGGGAAGGCCUGGUUAAUGUUUUGGGAUCGAAGAUUCUGUCUGGCUCUCCAGCCACUCUCGAUGCGACUCUCUCAUCUCUGGACAGCGUCAAGGCCACCGGUUUCUCUAAGACCGCUACUUCUCUAAUCAGCGCCAAACCCACCUACGUUGUCGUCGGAGACUCUCAUGCCCUGCCUUACGCUGACGAGCUGGGCCUGUGA